UUAAAACUAAAAAGAUGUUGAUUCCUUCAUUAUUUCUUACACUAUCCUUACAAAUAACCAUAAUUUAUGGGUGUACCAUAUCCAUAAACGAUGAUUUGGGCGACCCACAACCGUUAGUUUUAAAUCCAAGCGGUGGUUAUGGCCACAGUGCCUUUCAUUUACCCGACACAGGCGAUAAAAUAAAAUUAUCCAACGGAGAAACGGUUCAGGUAGCUUGCCCAGGGGGUGUCGUUGUAAUUGGCGGAGUUUCUACAACGAGUAAUGUUGGCACAGCCACUUGUAACAAUAACAAAUUCACAAUUUCUUCUAAAUCGGUUAAUUUCAUCGAUAUAAGAUGCUCCACUGUUCCAUAUCACACAGCAAGAGCCACCGGAAAUAAAUGUUUAACAACUCAUAAAGAAAUCGAGAUCGGUUUUGAUAUAAAUAAUCGUUUCCUAAAACAUAUCGAUGUAUGUUUUGAUGAAAGCAAAGAUAAUGUAUUAUAUAGCAAAUUUAAUUUAACGAAAACCAUCGAUGGGUACCAAUCUGGUUAUCCAAGACCAAGUUGGAUCCAGGGUAACUUUUUUAGCGUAUCUGGUGUUGAUAAUUUAUAUACAAAGAAUAAUCAAAGGGCGGUUAUUAAUAACUUAUUGGGUUUGGAUGAAAACUCUUAUAAAUAUAUCGCAGAAUCGUCUGAUUUCUAUUUAGCGAGGGGUCAUUUAACAGCGAAAGCCGAUUUUUUGUUUGGAGCUCAACAACGCGCCACGUUUUAUUUCGUAAACGCCGCCCCUCAAUGGCAAACGUUUAACGGGCAAAAUUGGAUGUAUUUGGAAUCCGAUACUCGCGAUUUUGCCGCAUCGAAAAAUAAAGAUUUAAUCGUUUACACCGGAACUUACGGUGUUGCAACUCUACCCCACGAAAAAACUGGGGUUGACACCGAAUUAUAUUUGUACGUUAAUGGAAAUAAUAAAAGGAUACCGGUUCCAAGAUUAUUUUGGAAAGUUUUAUACGAACCAACUACGAAAGCCGGCGUGGUUUUCUUGGGUGUUAAUAACCCCUACGUUUUGAAUUCCUCCAAGGAUGUUAUUUGCACGGAUAUUUGCUCUCAGUAUUCUUGGUUAACUUGGGAUAGGAAAACGAUUUCGAAAGGAUAUGGAUAUUGUUGUUCGGUCGCUGAUUUUAGAAAGGUUGUAACUACGCUUCCAGCUUUUGAAGUUACGCAGUUGCUAAAUAAAUGAUUAAUAAUGAAAAAAAAUGUUUAAAAAAUAAUAAAUUGUUUCUUUCAAAAACCUU